GAUGAGAUAUGCUCGUGUCUUUGUCUCCUGGCUUCUUUACCAGCCACUCUCACACUGUCUUCCUAUUCCUGGCUUCCUGCUAUCUUUUUGACAGAUAACCUCACUCUUCUUUCUUUCAAGUGCAGCAACAGCUAGCUCACGAGGUUAUAUGACUUUGACUCGCUUAUUAAUCUUAGGCGGAGAGAAAUACUAGUACAGUACUAUAUUUGUUUACGCAAAAUAAAAUAUUAAUUUUUGAUAUACAGUAAUCGUAAGCAUAAGAAGAGAGUCAUCACCCACCCUGACCUUGCGUCGGAAAAGCCAACCCAUACAACAAAUCCCUAUUUGUUUUGUUUUGACGGGUGAUUUUUGGGCUUAUCAUAUCCCACUGUUAUGCGCUGUCACGGCGGAUGGCUCAGGUUGUAAAAAUCCAGACACCAAAUCUGGUGAAAGCUGCCUUCUAUGCUUCUAAAUACUCCUGGAACUAUUUAAAUCUUGAUUAUACCUUCUCAUCAAAACCACCUUGGAUUCCCCCAAAAACAACUCUAAAGCUGAUUUCUGCCCUUCAGAAAACGAAAUAAAAUGAAAUAAAAUAAGAUUGAGGUGACAGAUAAGAGAAAAUAGACAGAGGCGCAGCAGAAUAUAAAAAGGCUUCUUCUUCACUCACUCUCACUAGGUGCCAGUCCAUUUGCCAGUUUGGACUCCCUUUUUAAAAAAAUCCCUUGAAUGCUGCCAAUCACACCAAGCAGCAUCUAAGCUUUCAUCCUGCCUCUCCCCUCUGAGCCUGUGACUCUGACCUCAUCUCUCUCCCUCUCUCUCUCUCUCUCUCAUGUUACAAUUUGCCGCCGAUCCUCUACUUCUGCUUCAUCUUCCUGCUGUAACCAAGACCUGGGCUUGACCACCCAGAAAGGGCGGCAUCAUCAAGAGCUAUGCAAGACUCAAUUGGUAUUCCUGCUUGUUUUUCUUCUGCAGAGAAUGAUCACGUGGCUGUGACUCGCUCGGGCCAGAGCGUUUUCGUGUCUGUGUACAGAACAAAAAUUGCUGAUCAAUGCCGCUUGAUCACCAUUACUUGGUGUAAAAACUUGCUGCUUCAUGGCCUGUCAGUAUCGGUGGAAGGUCUGGAAGGAGAAACACAGUACGCCUGCAAGGUCGAGCUUAAGCCAUGGUACUUUUGGAGGAAACACGGUUCCAAACGAUUCGUGGUAGAUGGGAAACCUGUUGAUGUCUUCUGGGACCUUAAAGCUGCCAAAUUUAACGGGGAGACAGAACCAACCUCGGAGUUCUAUGUUGCAGUGGUCUGCGAUGGAGAGGUUGUUCUGCUCCUCGGCGAUCUGAAGAAUGAUGCCUACAAAAGGACGGGAUGUAGGCCAUCUCUUAUUGAUCCCAUUUUGGUUUCAAGGAAAGAGCAUAUUUUCGGGAAGAAGAAGUUCUCAACCAGAGCUAAGUUCCACGAGAAAGGUAGAUGCCAUGAGAUCUCUAUUGAGUGCAAGAACAGGGGAAGUGGAUCGAGAAAUUGCAACAAAGCACAUGGGGUUGAACCAGAGAUGGAGAUAAGGAUCGAUGGCCAUUUGGCCAUUCACGUAAAGCAUUUACAGUGGAAAUUUAGAGGCAACGAGUCAAUUCAUCUCAACAAAAUGAGAGUGGAGGUAUAUUGGGAUGUGCAUGAUUGGCUCUUUAGUCCUGGUUUAAAGCAUGCUUUAUUCAUUUUCAAGCCAGUUUUCUCAUCUACAUCUCAAUCGUCCCUAUCAUCUUCAUCCCCUCCAGUAUCAUCUUCAUCAUCGACUCCAGCAUCAACUCACACUGUUUGUUCAGGAUCGGUGGAGGGACUAACAACUCUGGGUGGGUCAUCAGAAUUUUGUUUGUUUCUCUAUGCUUGGAAGGUUGAAUGAAAGAAAUGAACCAGAUUAGCGUGAUGCUGCAUCACCAUCAAUGCCAGCAAAAUAAGGUUGGAAAGGACUUGGGUCUCCAAGUUGUGGUACAGCAUGGGCGCAGAUUGGGUCGAGAGGGUAUUGGAGGGGGAAAGUCAGUGGGGGCCAAAACAGAGGAUUUGAGAGUUAGUAACAGCUGGGGUCAAACAAGAGUGCACAAAUCGACAAGACACAUAAUAUGGCACACAUGCCCAAUAAUUCUCCGUCUAGAGGCAUCUGCGUGACUACCAUCUGGAAAUUAUGUUUCCUCUUUCUUGAUCUGAUCUUGAGAACCGAGCUGUGCUUCUUUCAAAAAUCUAUCGACCAAAGGAGUAUUCUUUAGUUUUUAUAUACAGAAACUACAGCAAAAUAGACUGCUUAACCGAGUGUCUCUGUUUGCCCAUAAAAAUGCGUUUUCCCGGCAAGAAGGUGGGGGUGUUUGGUGAUGAUAGAAAGUUAGAAGCAGUGUGUAAGAAUAAGAAUCCAUUUUUGUGCAUAUCAUAUAUGGUUCUCCCUCAAUUAGGUAGAUUAUCAUGGUCAAUGCUUAGCUGCCUGAUUGCAGGCAUUACAAUAUAGUAAACUGUUAGGUGUGGGUUUUUUUUUUCCCCUUUACUUUAAAAAAGAAUUCAUGUGAAAGAGUAUUUUUCUCUUCUUUAAU